CGAAUUCCAGAUGAUCGUAAUCGUGUUGUUCUUUCAACAACUGACGAUAACCCAAAUGGUUAUAUCAACGCGUCUUUCAUCAAACUUCCAAAGGGACGUAUGCACUUUAUUGCUGCUCAGGCUCCACUAACCUCCACACUCGAAGAAUGGUGGAAAAUGGUGGACGAACAGAAAGUUGUACUAAUUGUUAUGUUAUGCAAACUAGUGGAAAUGAGUAAGGUCAAAUGUGAGCGGUAUUGGCCUUCGGAAGUUGGACAAAGUCUCAUUUUCGGAUCCUACGAAAUCAUGUUGGAGUCGGAGGAGAGGUAUUCUUUACUCCCUUCCCUUUCAUUUGCCAAUGAAGACAUUUGUAUUCUAUCUAAUUGGUUUCACUUCUCGGGAGAGAAACUUCGUUUCUAUCGAAUCAUAUUGGGAAAAGAAGAAAACUAUUGCAGUUUUGUUGACGAUGACUACUUAAUGAGGAAGUUGAAAAUGACUAAUCAAAAGACUGGCGAAUCAAGAUUAAUCACACAAUUGCACUACAGAGAGUGGCCUGAUCAUGGAUGUCCAUCUGGAGAAGAUCAACUCAUUAACAUGAUUGAAAAGAUGGCUAAAUAUAAUCAAGAUUCAACAGCUCCUGUCCUUGUUCACUGCAGUGCUGGAGUAGGUCGCACUGGAACGAUAAUAUCUGUAAAUUACAUAAGAGAGUUAAUUGAAUCUGAGGAGUUGGAUUCUUUGGAUAUAUUUGAGCUUGUGAUGAGCCUAAGGAAGCAAAGGGCGAGCAUGGUGCAAACCCAGGACCAAUUUCAUUUUGUUCACAAAUGUGUCGCUCACUAUUGUAGGGAACGAUUAGGAAUACCGCAUCCUUUACUUAAAGAUGACUCUCAUGAAUCUCCUCCUCCUGUACCAAACCGAACCGCUCCCUCCUUCAAUUGCGAAAUCGAAAAUGGUGACGCGUCAUUACAAGAUAACGACAGUGACGAAGAAUUCGAAGGCAAUGAUGUUCCGGAUUUUCCGCACGAGCCGCCUGCUCCACGAGGACCAGAAGAACUGGGCAGCGCGGCAAGUUGA